AUGGCUGAAAGAGAACCUAAUACACUACCAAGUGACACCAUUCCCAAUCCCAAGGAGGAAUGUAAAGUAGUCCAAUUAAAGAGUAAAAGAACCUUGGUAAAUGACAAAGAAACCAACAAGAAGCCUGUGGAGAAUCAUGAGGCCAUCAAUAAAGAGCAAAUGACAGUUAAAGAUAAGCAAGACCAAGAAAAACUCAAGGAAAAAGAGGAACCUCAAGCUUCAAAGAAAGGAAAGCAAGCUAUUGAGGAACAGUCACAAGAACAAAGGACAAUGGUGAAGACUCACAUCCCUCCUUUGCCAUAUCCUCAAAGGUUCAAUAGAGAGCUUAAAGAUCAACAGUUCCUCAAUGCUGUCAUCCAAAGAGGUCUUCCUCCAAAGCUCAAAGAUCCAGGAAGCUUCAUCCUAUCCUGCACUAUGGGCAACAAAACAUUGGACAAGGCUCUCUGUGACUUAGGAGCCAGCAUCAAUUUAAUGCCCCUCUCAAUAAUGAAGAAGCUUGCAAUAGAGGAAGUCAAACCCACCAGGAUGUCACUCCAAAUGGCUGACAGAUCACUUAAGAUACCAAAUGGGAUUGUGGAAAAUUUAUUAGUGAAGAUUGGAGAAUUCAUUUUCCCUACUGACUUUAUUAUCUUGGACAUGAAAGAAGAGGGACACAGUUCAGUCAUAUUGGGACGGCCUUUUUUAGCAAUAGCAAGAGCCAUCAUUGAUGUGGAGAAAGGGGAGAUGACCCUCAGGGUGCAUGAUGAAAAGAUGAUCAUCAAUGUCUUCAAGGCCAUGCAACACCCUCUAGAAAAGGAAAAGCACAUGAGAGUGGAAAUGAUAGAAGAAGUGGAAGAGGAGCUACUGGAAGAUGAAGACUAG